AGCCAAUUUCCGGUAAAGGGUGGAAAGAUGGCGAUGCCCAUGAGGAGGACGCUGGUGGUCCUUCACAGAGCAACAUGCAGCAGUUUGAUGAACGCAGAGGCCUCUCUGGAUGUGCGCCACCCAGGCCCAUUUUUCCUGCCAGUUCGGACCAAGAAGCGGUACUUUAUCCCUCCAGCAGUGGGGAUGAAGGGGAAGAUUGAGGCGAACGCAGAGGACAGGGGCCGAGCAGCAGGCGUUGUCAUCAGGCAGGAGUACCUUGAGAGGCCCAUCAACAUCGCCUGCACUGCGGGAAUCUUCGACGCCUACAUCCCCCCGGAGGGCGACGCUCGUCUCUCCACUCUGUCUAAAGAAGGCCUGAAGCAACGAACGGAACAGAUACGACAGAGCGCUGGCUCACAGCUAGCGAUUCGUAAAAUCAAAGAGCACGACUCUCUGUUCUCAACAAAGGAUUUUGCAGAACGAGCUCAAGAAAUCUUCAUUGAGGCUCACAACGCUCUGACACAGUUCAACAAGGAGAAGCUUCACUCUCUAGUAACAGAGAGGUGUUAUCCGGAGAUGACGAGGGGGAACCGCUUCAAGACGAUCCGCUGGAGGUUCGUCGAGUCCCUGGAGCCGCCCAGGGUGGUCCACGCCCGCUGCCCCGACAUGGUCAGCAAAGGGAACCUGUACGGCCAGGUGACGGUCCGCAUGCACUCCAAACAGACUCUGGCCGUCUACGACCGCUUCGGGAGGCUGAUGCUGGGCGGCGAGGAGCAGCCGAAGGACGUCCUGGAGUACCUGGUUAUAGAGCGUCACCUCGUCAACCCCUACGGCCGAUGGAGGCUACACGGGAAAAUAGUGCCAUCCUGGGCUCCCGCCAAAGAUCCAAUUAUUAAGACUGUCAUGAUUCCCGGUCCCAAGCUGAGCGUAGGGGAAGAGUUCGACGCCAGCAGCAUUGAAGUUCCCAAACCGGAGGCGGUUCAGUGGUACAAAUAGGCCACCAGAUGGCGCCGCUCUUUCCAUUAAACCUCAGUAGGACGUUGUCACCAGUCACCAGCCAAAUGCAGUUUAAAAUCUGGCUGUGGUUGGACAGUUUGUCCACUCUGGCAGCAGAACAGGCUUCCUUUGGGGAGGCUCUUUUCUGUUUGGCUGUUCAGACGGAGGAAGCAGCAGGUGAGUUGUAGGACGAACAAACCGCUCUGUCCCGAAGCCAAUAAAGCUGCUUCUUACUCCAUGGUAAACCAUUACACAACAGUCUGGAAUAAUAACAACAACAAC